AUGAACACUCAAAAGAGAAAAGUUCAUGAACAGAACUGUAGUUUGGAAACAUUUACUUCUAAGCAGAUGGCUUCCGAUGGGAACAUGGGCUUUUGCUUUCAGUUUAAUUUACCAGUCCUUCAUGAAGGCUCAAUACCCAAGUUCAGUCCAGGGACUUCCAGUACACCUUCAGCACCCAUCAUUUCUAGCCAUUUUGCAUCAUCAGCUUCUGCUCCUUAUGCACCAGAAGGCUACAAGGGCCUUUCAUGUGAUACAAGUAGCUUAUCUACAUGUUCUCCAGUCGGCAAAACUCAAUGUUCAGUUGUUAAUCCACAAAACAGCAUUCUUGAUCUUAAAUCAUCUGUCAACUUGAUCAAUUUGCACAACAAUCAAGAUCCAAGAAGUACAGAAAACACGUACCAAGAUUUGUAUCGGAAUUUGUCGGGAAGUAGCCUUUUUCCUCCUAUCCUGCAGAAGUCAGCAAAUAAAUUAGCCGCCUUGAAUCGAAGGAUAAUGCAUGUUGAUAAUAGAUUCAAGGAUCACCAAAACCAUGAAGUUGCUUACCAGCCAUUCACCUCUCAAGUUACAAAACCAACCUCUCACUUUCAGCCACAGAAGCAGCCUGCAUAUUCUCCUUAUGACAUGACAUCCGGUGCUAACAAUUCGGUUUCAUUAGGAGCAACAAUCAAAAGAAAAAUACGUGUUAGAUGGACUCAAGAUCUUCACAAGCGAUUUGUUGAAUCUGUAAAUCGACUUGGAGGUGCAGAAAAGGCUACUCCAAAGGGUAUUCUGAGAGAAAUGGACGUUCAUGGAUUGACAAUCUUGCAUGUUAAAAGUCACUUACAGAAAUAUCGUACAGUAAGAUACCUUCCGGAAUCGAAAGAAGUUUGUGAUUCAGAUGCUGGAAGAUUGGAGAAAACUCCUAAAAUUGUAGUAACAAAAUUCGACCAAAAAAUAGGCUCUCACAUUGCUAAAGCAUUGCAACUGCAACUCGAUGUGCAGAGGCGCAUGCAUGAACAGCUGGAGAUACAAAGAAAUUUAAGGUCCCAGAUUGAAGAACAAGGGAGGCAGCUCAAACAGAUGCUAGACCAGCAACUAAAAACAAGAAAUACUGAUCUUGGAAGCAUCAGAAAUAACUCAAAUCCCAUCGACCCAUCAGAUGAUUUUGAAUUCAAGAAUGUUUUAACUAUAAAACGACUAGAGGAUGCACACUAACCCUCUACCCAAGUACACAAUAUGUUUUAUGUCUUCACCAUGCAGUCGUUCAAUCAUCAGAUACAGUACAAUAUAUUGGUUUUCUAUAUAAAGAUAGAAAUAAUCAACCUUGUUCAAAAAAACAUAUAUUUUCAUGUUGUCCUUUCUUAAUUACGGAUUUUAAUUUAUUUGGUUAUCAUAUCAACUGGAUGUUUUACAUCUCCUGUAAGAACUUCAAACCAGAUGUUCUAUUUUAUUCUUUAUACUUUGA